AUGGCUGUGUGGAUCUAUGUCGAGCGCAUGUUGCCCAGGUCCAGUCAUGGUAUCAGUGGGUUGGUAGAUGUGGCUGCCCAGCCGGCACAUCGCGCGAGUGUCGGCCCACUGCCGCGUUCAACAGGCUCGCCCAUGCCACUUUCUAUGACAGCAACCUCAACCGUGCAGCAAAACGUCAAAUUGCUUCCUCCCGUCGCAACUGAGCUUGAAUCAAGCCCUCCCCUCACGUUUGACGGCUCGCUGCCCAGUCCCAGCUUCGUAAGCCUGGCAGACCCAGGCCCUGGCUGGGGAGUGGCAGAAGAUCAGCCUGGCACACCAUCCCCGCCAAGCAUCAACUUGCCGCAAACCCCUUCACGGUCGACUAAUUCUGUAACUGAAGCAUCUGACGCCAUUCCGAAUCUGCUCAUCAGCCCGCCCGAGGUUGUGGAGGGUGCUGAUCCAUCCCCAGACCACCACACACUACCCGUCUUGGCGCUUCAGAGUACCGCUGCCUCGGACCUUGCCCCAGCUGUGGUUGUGUGGCACUCCACCCCCACGAAGCAAUUUAUGGCCAUACCGCUGGCCCAAUGGCUUGCGGUGCCGCCCCAGCCAGUGUUGGUGUUUGAUUUCGAGAAUCUCAUUGAUCAAUUGCCAUUGGCCACCACAGCGCUUUUAACAAAUGUGAAGCAGGUGUACGACCUGGCCGUGGCCGCCUUUCUCUUGGACUCUGCCGUGCCACCCAAGGUGGACCAAGUUUGUCAAUUGUAUUUGCCUGAUCGAGCCCCGUCUGCAUCCUGGCCCUCCUUGUUGAAUAUGCUCUGGCGAAGGCUAAAGGCUGAACUGGAGCAGCGGCAGCAGCUCACACUCUUCGAGCGUCUUGAGGUGCCCCUUACACCAGUGCUUGUGCGGAUGCAAGUGCUAGGUGUAGGCGUCGCCUUGCCGCAGCUGGUAGCUACACAGGCAGCGCUGCAGCACUGUCUUCAGAGCCUGACUCAGGAGGCAGCCAUUCUCGCUGGUCAAAGCUUCAACCUGGACUCGGCACAGCAAGUAGCAAACAUACUCUUUACGCAUCUUCAACUUGGUCGCAACGUGCCCAUGCUCCCCAUGACGGCGUCCGGCAAACCUUCCACCGGCGAAGAAACAUUGCGCAAGUUGCAAUCGAAGCACCCCUUGCCUGGGCUCAUUCUACGCUACCGUCAGCUCAAGCGUUGUCUCAGCGGCUACAUUGAGCAAGUUUGUCCCCUUGUUCACGAGGGCACCGUGCAUCCGCGCUGGCACCAGCCUGGACUGCGUGAGCGUGGAAAGCGGGUUACAUAUGCUGUUGUGUAUGGUGUCGGGGCCGAGCGGCUCGCUGCUCAGCUCCAGCUCUCUGUGCCGGAGACCGGCCAGCUGGUCGCCGAGUUCUUGGAUCGUUUUCCAGGUGUGGCACAGUUGCGAGAUCGCGUCGAUGCUUACUUGCACCAACACGGCUACGUAGAAACCCUGACAAUGCGGCGCCGUUACCUCUCCCCACCCGGUACGGGAGGAGAGAGCUCCACAACCCAGGCGCGGGACAGUCGCGCCGCGUUCAACUUUGUAAUGCAAGGGUCAGCAGCGGACAUUUGCAAAGCAGCGAUGGUGACACUGCAAGCCCACCUCGACAAGCACGAGGUCGAGGGCGGCAUCGUUCUGCAACUGCAUGAUCAAAUUGUAAUCGGUCCGUCUCUGGCUGUCAAAACGAUCCGCCCAUACCACCCUGACAACCCUUCAAAUCGAUCCGCUGACAAUUACGUGGCUUGCUCUGGCUCAGAGGUGGCACAGGAGCGUGAGCUGGACAUGAUUGAAUUCAUGCAAACACCCGCUUUUCGGGAGCCUCUGGGCUCACUGCGUGUGCCUUUAGAUGUUCGAAUCACUACGGGGUUGACUUUGGCAGAUGUGUGA